AUGCCACUUCCAAUUAAAGAGACGGUGGCGCGCUUCGCCCCCUCAAAGCUCCUAGUGCUAUCCUACAUCAUCGACUGGGUGUUUAUAAUUGGAAUCGCCUUGAUCGGCUAUGGCUUCUACAGACAAGGCCCCAACCAACACGCCUUUAGCCUGACAGACCCGACAAUCAGCUUCCCCCAGCAUGAAGAGACCGUCACAACCACGACCCUCAUCCUGGUGGGACUGUUCGCCCCGGCCGUCCUGAUCUUCCUGAUCUCCUGGAUCAUCGUCCCAGCGAACGCGACUUUGCACGGCGCGGGAUCCAGAUCACCUGUGCAAUAUAUUCGUCGAAAGUUCUGGGACUGGAACGCCGGAUGGAUGGGACUUGCGCUGGCGGUGGCGAGCGCCUGGACUGCCACACAGGGGUUGAAGGUGCUUGUCGGGAAACCGAGGCCGGAUCUACUGGCGCGGUGCAAUCCGGAUCUUUCGCGUAUUGCCGAGUUCACGGUUGGCGGGUUGGGGGAUCAAGUGCGUGGAGCGGCGACAUUGGUCUCGUGGGAGAUAUGUCGUGACCAGUCGAAUUCGUUGCGCAUUGAUGGGUUCUCGAGUUUCCCUAGUGGUCAUUCAUCUUUCUCCUUCGCUGGUCUGCUUUACCUCAGUCUCUGGCUGUGCUCGAAAUUCUCCGUCGGAUUCCCCUAUCUGCCUCAAUUCCCUGUCGAGGAUCAGAGCUAUGGUAACGACCAGUCUUCAGUGCGGACCCGUGGUGCUGCGCCGCCAACUUAUCUCAUGAUCCUUGCAUUCUUCCCAACAGCAACAGCAACAUUCAUUGCCGCGUCUCGCUGGUUCAACUAUAGACAUCACGGGUUCGACAUUCUCUUUGGGUCUGCAAUUGGCAUUUUCUUCGCGUACAUAGGCUUCAACAUGUAUCACAUGCCGAUCAGGCGAGGAGCUGGUUGGGCUUGGGGUGCACGGAGUCGUGGGCGCGCCUUUAUCCGGGGUGUCGGAUUCCCAAGCUCGGUUGGCACGGACGGCUGGGCGUUUGAUGCGCGCGAUGCAACGGGGCCUAUGGACGUGGAGAACGCGCCGGGCAUGCAGCGGGCGCCAUAUGGUCACCCAAAGCCUGAAAGCGCGGAGGGUCCAGGCUCGAGGCUUGAAUGA